AUAUCUAAUUGCAUAAGAUUACGUAAACCCCGACAGAUGACGACGGUUUUUGGUGUUAGUUUCAGGAAUUCGAUAUGUUAUUUAUGCGACGUCGAAACAUAUAAGAUCUCUUUAUAGGAAGGGCAGACAAAUUUUUAGCUUUAUCAAAAUUUACAAUGAAGUUCGUUUCAGCAAUUUAUUUUUUGGUCAUCGUUGAAGUCAUUCUGGCCGUGAACUAUAUCCAUAAGGAAGGUUAUUGCAUGUGGUAUGGACAGUGCGGAAAAAAUUCUCGUGGCAAAUACAUAAAUUGCCUAUAUAAUGGACCGGCAAAGUCUAUUGAGAACAAAAAAUCCCGGGAUAUCCUUAAAGAACUCUGUCCUGAAUUGACCAUUGAGCGCGACAGCAAAGUUUGUUGUUCGUACGAUCAGGUUGUCAGUCUUCAGUCGGGUAUUAAAACCGCUCAGUCAUUGAUGAAAAGAUGUCCUGCUUGUUGGAAAAAUUUUCGUGAGUUAUAUUGUCGUUUGACAUGCAGUCCAAACAACUCCUUGUUCCUCCUUCCACACAGUCUUACUAAAAAUAACAAAGCGAUCGCUUCCAUUAAUUAUUAUGUCGAAAAGAGCUUCAGAGAAGGCCUUUAUAACUCAUGCAAAGACGUCGUAUUUCCCAGCAAUAAUCAUAAGAUAAUGAACUUCUUAUGUGGAAUGCCUGCUGAUAAAUGUGAUCCACUAAAAUUUUUAAAUUUUAUGGGUGAUCCACAGAAGAAUGGCGUUUCAUCAUUCUUGAUUCAAUAUCCAACAUCACAUGUUAAAGGAAUUCAACCAAUGAAUGUGAAGAUCAAGAUGUGUAACGAAAGUUUUUAUGAUCCUUAUACCAAAAGUGAAAUGUCAAAGUGUAAUUGUGAAGAUUGUGUGUCGUCAUGUAAAUAUCCUCUAUCGCCUACACCUACCAUAGGCUUUAAAGGCAGGAGAGCUCUUAUUCUAUUUUCGUUAAAACAUCAAAGUCCGUUUAACAAACGAAGUUGCUAUCGAAAUUACUUUGAAACAAAGUGCACAGUAACAGGCACAAUACUCCGCCUAAGUAUUCUACGAAAGGUUCUGAAGAUUCAACAGCACAUAACUGGCCUAACUACAUCGCCAACAAAUGUUAGAUUUGAUGAUUUCUGCAUGAAGUCAUCCACAAAUUCUUGCAUUGUGAUGAGUGUUUUGCAGUACUGGCAAAAUGAAAUGAAAAAUUUGAACAAAUGUAUUUUGGCAUUAGGUGGCGAAGAAUGCCCUACCGUAGGAUCUCCGAUAGCAUCUGCUGCCUGGGGAGAUCAUCUUUACUUUUGUACGAGAGAUCCAUAUUCAGUAUUAGACAUUCAUCUUGGUCUGUCCUGCCGAAGUGACUAUGGAGAUCCAGUUUUUCCUACGUUUGUUCUUGGUGGGUUUGAAGGUGAACAGUACACAGACGCUAGUUUUUUGAAACUUUCGCUUGUUGUGAAAAAUAACUUGAACAAAAAAGAGACGGAGAAAGCGAAAGCCUGGCAAGAUGUUUUGAUUGAGUACCUGAAGAAUUUCACCGACGAGGAUCUUCAGAUUUCUUACGAUCCAGUUAAAUUUGGACCCGUCAUGGCUUAAAUUUCAUUUGUCGUUCAUGGAAAAUGGAAAAUAAUUAGUAAUUUGCCUCAUCAAUGUUUUCUUUCAUGUCUAUUGUGUUACGUGAAGCUUUUUCUACUUAAAUAGUAUUUUUUUUUAAUAUUGAAAAGUCAGUUUAAAGUCAA